UCCGCAAGCGCGCCUCGGUGGCUGGAAUGCGACUCCAAGUGUGCUCCGUCCCAUCUCCCUCUAUCCUCCCAGGCGUGGACCGCGCCCUUCUUUCAUACCCAGCGAACCCCGCGAAGCUCAUACAGCACCGCGAAGCUCAUCCAGGGCACCGCGGAGGCAACUCCCCAGCACCGAGGACACCUUACGCAUUACGCAUCUGCCAAUAUACGCGUUCGUUGUGGGGACAGAGGGCCUGGCGCACUCCUUAGACCACACGACGACGUACCAAUGGCGUACAAGAAGAAUCCCGAAGGGAGGUCCGCGCUCAUGAUUUCCUUGAUGCAUCGCCGAGGCGGGACCGCUGGAAGUGGCGAUCUCACAAGGUCGAGAGUAUAUAAAGACAUGAGUGCGUCUGGUAGCUGUUCAGCAAUAGCCUGGCAACCCUCGGGGUCAGAACCUCCCUCCUCCCCGCAACACACCCGCGCAUCUACCACCCACCAUGCAAACCGAGACCCACGUCGACCUCUUCCACUAUCUGCCCCCACCACAACCGCGCUUGGGCAGUCUCACAGAGUGGUCCAUCACGCACAUCCGCGAAGUUUUCGAGGCGCGGAGUGAUGAUGACGCCUUGCGGGCUAUCGAGAGUACCUUCGCGGAGCGACUCGAGGGCACCGUCAAUGGCGCGCCGCUAUCUCGACCGCAGGUCGCCCAGAUGGUGCUUGCGAUGCGCCGGACCGCGCCCAUGGGCCUGCGCGUCGAGUGGAUGCAAGCGCAAGAGGCGCCACGAGAUAUAUCCUGUCGAGAUGGCUCCCUUGGCGGCAUGUAUGUCAUCCGCGGAAUCCAGCGACCCACACCAUCAGGGUCUCCCGCAUCCUUCGAACGGCAUAAAACCGUCGAAGUCAGGAUCGAAUCCCAGCUGCCAGAUCCGCGCCUAGACAGCAGGCGCAUCACAAGCCUCGUAUUCGUGGCCUCAGAAGUGCGCGUGGACCGCCAGACAGCGCUUUAAGCUGCUGUCUAGUGCUGCUCCAGCGUGCUUCUAGCACUUGCCCGCGCCAUCUCGCGUCCUACUUAUCUACACGCGCAGCGCCGUCCUGCGUUACCUUUUGCCCAUUCCGUUCCCGCUUGCUCAUAGGCAAACGUAUCCGGACUAGAAUUCGCAGCUUAUAUAUCUACCCUUUUUGUGCUGCUCAUCGUAACCAUGCAUGGCUGCUAAGUAGAAUAUACCUGUACCACGUACAUAGACCACUUUAGAGGUAGUUCCUGUUGUAGACUCGUGUUACAAUGACCGUAUUGCCUGCGGGC